CUCCCUGUUCAUUUCAACGUCAGAUUUUCUCCAAUCAUCAUCUGUUUCACACACGUUUUCACGCCGUCAGAUUUGCCCGUGACAGCAUGGCCGCUACGGCGCCCGCACCCGUGGAGUGUGACUGCCCGCAUUUUGCCAGCGCCGUGGGCUUCCUGUCCGAAUCCGAGUUUCAAUCCCUGCUCCAUGAGAAUCCGGCGUGUCACGAUUGUCCCGUGGGCCAGUUGGAAGGCUCGUUGUGCGAGACCGACCCACCGGCCAUGGGUGGCUUGUGGGUGUGUCUGUACCCGGGCUGUCUAGUUUUGGGCUGUUCCGAGGGUGUGGACCACUCGAGUCGCCAUCAAGACAAGUUCAGCCGCCAUUGGGCGCAAAUGAACGUGCUUACCCGGCGCAUUUGGUGCUACGCUUGUAGACGAGAGGUCCACAUUCAAAGUGUUCCAGCCCGUUUGGGCGCUCUGGUUCGUCCCAAAGAUGGCGCCACUUUCCAGCCCAGAGCACCACGCCUCGAGGAGCACGCCCCGCCUCGCCGAACCCGCCCCCGCGGCCUACUCGGCUUGAGCAAUCUCGGCAACACCUGCUACAUGAAUUCUGCCCUCCAGUGCCUGCUCAACACGCCCGCCUUGGCCGAGUUCUUUCAGGCCUGUCCCACCCUCGUGCACAAAGCCGACAAAGGUGGUCACCUGUCCAAGGCCUUUAUGCGGCUCGUGGGUGAGAUGCGGGAUCCGAGAAACCGUGAUCCCUAUCUCCCGCCCACGCAAGUCUUGCACGCCAUCAAAUCCGCCUACCCAAUGUUUCGAGGGUUCCAACAGCACGACGCCCAAGAGUUUCUUCGCUGCUUCAUGGACUUGAUGCACGAGGAGCUCAUCGAGCCCAUCCAUCAAAUGGUCGACGUGGACGAGGAUAACCUCGAAUCCGUGUCCGAGGCCGGCAGUCACGAGGCCGAAGACUCCGGGCCCGAGGAAUACGAGACGGCCGAUUCGGGCGUGUCUGAGCAGAGCUCCGCCACCAGCAGCAAUAGCGAUAACUCUCGCAAGCGGAAACGCCCCACCUCCACCGACACGGGCGUUGCAUCGUAUCGCUCCGAGCGGUUGGACGAGCCAUGCUCCACCCCGCCUUCAGAGGCCGAGCUCGAGUUCGCCGAUGCGGCAUCCUCGCAAUCCGGAUCCCCGCCGGAUCCAGCUAGUCGUCUGGUGGCCAUGUGUCCGCCACGCUCUCCGGUGAGGAUCACGCCCACAAUUAGAACGCGGCGACCCAAGGUGUACCGGAGUGUGAUCACGGACAUCUUCGAUGGGAAGCUCAUCUCGUCGGUGGAGUGCUUGAGCUGCAAUAAGGUCUCGACCACCACGGAGGCCUUCCAGGAUUUGUCACUCCCCAUCCCGACUCAAGAUACGUUGGCGGCUUUGCGGAGCCAGCCCGUGAAUGACGGGUGGAUGGCAUGGGCGUACAGUUGGAUGUUCGGAUGGUAUUACGGCCCGAAUAUUAGCUUGAACGACUGCUUGUCCUACUUCUUUUCAGCCGAUGAGCUCAAAGGCGACAACAUGUACAGCUGUGAGAAAUGCAAGAAACUCCGGAAUGGGCUCAAGUUCUCCCAGGUGACAGUGCUACCCGAUACCUUGUGCAUUCAUCUCAAGCGCUUUCGACACGACUUCUCGUACAGCUCCAAGAUUUCAACCAAAGUUAGCUUUCCUCUUGUGGAUCUCGAUAUGACGCCUUGGCUUCACAAAGAUGCCACUUCUCAGGUGACUCUGUACGAUCUCACGGGUGUGAUUUGUCAUCACGGGAGUGCGGGCGGAGGCCAUUACACAGCCUACGCUCUCAAUCCAGACAACCUGGAUUGGUACGAGUUCGACGAUUCUCGCGUGUCCAAAGUCGAGCCUGCCACCGUCAUGAAUGCCGAGGCCUACGUCCUCUUCUACCGGAAGAACAACCUCACCAACGAGCACAUGCGCGAGCAAGUAGUCCAGUUGAUCCAAGAAAACGCCCCUAGUCUCAUCAAGUUCUUUGUCAGCAAGCAAUGGUUCAACAAGUUCGAGAACUUUGCCGAACCGGGUCCGAUUGAUAAUUCAGACUUCUUGUGCCCUCAUGGGGGCGUGUUGCCCAUGAAAAGCGAGUAUGUGUACGAUUUGUGCAUAGAACUGGCUCAACCGGUGUGGGACCGGCUUCACGCCCAUUUUGGGGGCGGGCCCGUGUGCAAUCUCCUUCAUGAAUGCAGUCAAUGCCGAAUGGAAUUGGAUGCACUCACCCGUCAAAAGAAAUUCGAACUUGAGGAAUUCAAGACCUUGCAUCUAGAGUUUGAAGAAACCGGUCAAGACCUCUACUACGUCCUCAGCUCAGCCUGGUUCCGCAUUUGGGAAGGCUUCGUCCACAACCGUGAGCGAGAUCCGCCCGGACCCAUCGACAACAAGGCCAUUGUGUCCAUGAGCUCCAACCGCAAUGGUCACCCUGUGUUGCGCUCUGGCGCCGAUUACAUUCGAAUGAGCCACGACAUGUGGCGAUUACUCCAUUCAAUCUACGGCGGUGGACCCGAGAUUGUGAUCCAUGCCGCCAAUGGCAACGUCCAAGUCCUGACCGGGUCUCGAAAACCAAGUUUGCCUGCACUUUGUACUCGGUUGAGGGCCAGAUCGAGCUCAGAGUCGAGCAAUUGGGGUUCCAAUGUGGGCGUGACCUACGCCCCUUCUUCGAGUGGGCGUGUGACUCGGGCUAAAUCGAAGAGCGAGAGUGUGUCCAAGCACGCCACGCGGGAGUUGGAUGAGGAGCCGGAUGAAUAGAUCGGCUUUUGUUUGGGACAUGAACACAAUCAAUCAAUCAAUCGUUGGCAUUUAAGCGACAACUCCUUUUGAUCUCGGUGUGAGCACUGAGGAUAUUCCAUUUGAUCAUUAUAUUCAUAUUCACUCUACCACCACUACUAGUAUCCGUCUUGAACGAAAAUAAGAAAACGAACGACACACUCAUCACAUAAAGGCAAUGUGCAUUUCUUUGAGCAAGCUUUGAUGAAUAAAACUCGAUACCAAGGAAUCUGAGACCAGAAAAA